UCAACCUGCUGAUUUCUGUUAGACCCUCAUACACAGCCUGCAGAAGUAGUAGUAAUAUAGAGCAGUUCAAAUAUUGUAAGGCGGUCUUAGAACUCAAAUUUAGAAACUCAUAUUUUGGGAAGCAGACAUAUCCGUAUGCGUAAAAUGGCUUAUUUUAGAGGAGUUCUUUUACUGGUGAACUUCGAGUCUAUCGAAGUCUUUUGACCGACUUACCGGAGCGCCCACAAUAAACUUUCAGAUGGUCCGCUUUAUCCUGAGGCACUACAGCGCACUACAGGAAUCAGAAAUGAAAGCAGCACCCACACUGUUCAGCGCAUUUUGUUUUAGGAAGGGUUUCAAAUGGCUUGAUACGCGACUCUGUUUUCGCUUUUGAUCUGUAGCUGCGACAGAUAACAGCGCUCGGACAGACACUGGUUACCAUUACGCUCGUUUCACAUUUUGGACAGGCGACUAGAAGGCUCUAAGGCGGACACACUUGGGACUCCAGAGAGCAGAAGUGGACGACACCAUGACCAGCUGCUGGCUUGCCUUGGUCGGAUUGUGGUGGAGCGCGUAUUACUGCAUGUUCCCAGUCGCGGGGAGUAGGUAUUCACUGGAUGGAAACAACGAAGCGCACCCGGGUUUCAUCCACCGGCGGCUGCGGACGCACGAGAAGAGGGAGAUGCAGAAGGAGAUCCUGUCCAUCCUCGGGCUGCCCCACAGACCGAGACCGCAUCUGUCUCGCGGAAAGUACAACUCCGCUCCACUUUUCAUGUUGGACUUAUACAACACCAUAUCAAGCGACGAGAAAAGCAAAGUGGAAGGCAUUCUGGACGGACAUCAGUCCGCGCGGACAACCCAGAGUCCUCCUCUGGCCACAUAUCAAGAAACUGCCUUUCUAAAUGAUGCAGACAUGGUGAUGAGCUUCGUUAAUUUAGUAGAGUAUGACAGCGAGCUUUCUCCACAGCGGCGUCACCACAGGGAGUUUAAGUUCAACCUCUCGCAGAUCCCCGAAGGGGAGGCCAUCACGGCAGCUGAGUUUCGUGUCUACAAGGAGUGUGUGAGCCGCACCUUUCGCAACGAUACGUUUAUACUCAAAGUCUACCAGGUGGUCAAGGAGCACCCCGACAGAGAGGCAGACCUGUUCCUGCUGGAGUCUCGCAGCGUCUGGGCAGCUGAGGAGGGCUGGCUGGAGUUUGACAUUACCGCCACCAGCAAUCUAUGGGUGAUGAGCCCAGUGCACAACCUGGGCUUGCAGGUCACCGUGGAGACCACUAGCGGACAGAGGAUCAGUUCCAAGGAGGCAGGACUUGUAGGACGUGACGGUGCACUGGAGAAGCAACCUUUCAUGGUGGCCUUCUUCAAAGUCAGCGAAGUGUACAUCCGCACCGCCCGCUCCACUGGCAGACGUCGCCAACAGAAUCGCAACCGAUCCACACAACCACAGGAGGGAUCCAGAGGGCAGGGCCUAGCAGAUUACAACAGCAGCGAUCAGAAAACAGCAUGCAGAAGACAUGAACUCUACGUCAGCUUCCGAGAGCUGGACUGGCAGGACUGGAUCAUUGCACCUGAAGGCUACGCAGCCAACUACUGUGAUGGAGAGUGCUCUUUCCCCCUUAAUGCCCACAUGAACGCCACUAACCAUGCCAUUGUACAGACACUGGUGCACCUGAUGAACCCGGAGAACGUACCGAAGCCAUGUUGCGCCCCCACCAAGCUCCACGCGAUCUCAGUGCUCUACUUUGAUGAGAACUCCAACGUCAUACUGAAGAAAUACAAGAACAUGGUGGUGCGGACCUGUGGCUGCCACUGACACCAUCAAGGGCCAAUAAUGCUCCACUGAAAAAAAUGGGUUGGCAAAGGGCUGCAGCUGUACCAGUGACUCCUGAGUGGGGGUGACCUCAAGUAGACACCUGUUUUAUUUCUAGAAUUCGCAGGCUGCAAGGAAUGUCCAUCCUGAGAGAUCAAUUACAUUCUGUUCCAAUAAUCCUGGACAGCUCAAAACAUCCAGCUAACAACAUGAUUUGUUGUCAAGGCAUCAAGGUAAGAGGGGACAUCUGCAAAAAUGACACCAUAUGGGUGUCAUCUAAAGGCAACUUCAACGUACUUCAGAGCUGAGUUACCAAAUGGUCCAUUAUCUUCUCUACUGGUUUUGGAGUGGAGUUUUUCUUUCAUUCUGCAAGUAAAUGAAUGACUGUGUGUGGAGUGUUUAAGUCUGUAUAUUAUGCGUUUAUGAAAGUGUGUGUAUGAAUGCCUAAGAGGCUUUGGCACCUUCUACCUUACUGAGAGGGUGAGAGCAAAACUGAACUGUUGUGGGACCAGUCCGAGUGCUGCUUUCUUUUCCUUCUAGUAUAUAUGUAUGUAUAUAAAUAUAUAUACAUAUAACUAUAUAUAAACCAGUGGAUCAGUUCUCAGAAGAAGCUUGCGUGAUUACUAAUGAACAAAUUCUCUACAGCGCAUGACUCCAGGGAGUUGACUCAGUGUUAUUGAUGUUAUUGGUGUAAGUUGUGAGUGUAAGCUGUGAGUAUCACUUGGUCAAAUUACAACAAAUGUGUAUAAAUGGUUUGAGUCAAAUGGGAAAAUACGAGCCCAGGAAAAAUCCUUUUCAGUGCAAAUAUUGUAACCCAGUCUAAUACUGAAAGAAUGAUGCAUUGGAGUUAGUAGUUUCAUAUUUCCUUCUUCUUUCCUGAUGUGUUUUCUUCUCAAGCCCUACUUGCCUUCCUAAAAUAUAAUAUGGACUGAACCAAACUGACCACAUUGCUAUUUUAGUAGCACACUGCUCCAAAAUAUCCCCUCCGUGUCAAUAUUUGCCGGGCUCAUGCUGAGCUACGACUCACCAGGCUGGUCCAACAUGAUGCAUGUCCAUGCUAAACUGAUGUUUUUCUCAGAAGAACUGAAGAAUACAGCCUUAUCCUUCCCACGUACCACAAACGGCCAUUUCCAUGUCGCUCAACUCACAAACUUAACAAACUCUUCCACCCUGACAACUCGUCAAGAGAUUGUGAAAAAACAUUUGGCGAGUCAAAAACAGCCGGCAGGAUGGUUUCUUUGCCAACUUCUGAAAUUAGCCUUUUUUGCUUUAACCCUAAGAGUAAAAUUAUGUUGAGAUCUGUGUCCAGUGGCAACACUCUCCAAUUGAGCAUGUUACCGUGAGCUUUGAUUGACAUAGUCUUUUUAGAGAACAUGUUUUAAUUAAAAACUAAUACCAAUAACAAUCAAAAUACCUUAUACCUGUUUAUCUAACCAAUCAUAAAUUACAAAAAAAUAUACCUCUGGUAAGCUGCUGUUUACAUUUGUGACCAUUUUAAACUUUUUUCUUUUUUUGUAAAUACAUGUACAUUCUCAGCUUAUUUAUUGCACCUUUUAUAAACAAGAAAAAUCACAUGCCUUAUUACAAAGACCAAAGCAAAAACAAUAAUAAAACUGUAAAACUUAUUUUUGAAAACAAAUUUUAUUAUGAAAUCUCAUGUUACAACUUGCCAUUAUUUACUCUUUUUUUGUACAAAAAUCCAUGGGUAGUCACAGCCCAGGAUUCACAAGGAAAAAAAAAGUAUGUCACUGGAGUUCCUUAGAAGAUGUGCUAUCCAUAAAAACUUUUACUGACAAAUAACUGCCGUGUCUCUGACUGUUUGUGUACCUGGAUUAGACAAUAUACGGUACCACACAUUAUGCACUGAUUUUCACUUAGCCUGGGGCAAAGAGCAUUUCAGCUGGAAUUUGCAUGGCCUUGCAGGUGGAUGAAAAAACUUUGAUUGGUAAAACUGCAAAUAUUUUUAGAACUAGGGUUGUGACAGAUUAUAUUUCUUGGCCUUUGUUGAAUCAAUUAACCUUCUGUUCAAGCUGGAUUUGUGGGUUGAUGGUUUUGAUACUGUAUCCAGGAAAGAUCUUAGUUUGAUGAAUUCACCUAACCAAUGUUUACAGCGAGAACAAGAAGAUAAACCAGCCAAAUGAUGGUUUAUUUUAAUUGUGUUUGGUGAAUGACGUUUCUUUUUCCAAAUUAUUUAACUGGUAAUCAGAUAAGAUCAGACCCACUAGCAAUGUAGCAUAAGUAAACUAUACCCAUCUAUUUAAUCUAUAGGUUUAGAUUCUUAAAGAUGCUAGCCAGCUGUGAACCUGGCCUAAGAAAUGUAGCAAAAAAUCUUUACGAUUUUACACAAAGCUGUAGUAGUUCCAAUUCAGCUGUUGGGUGUUUCAGAAUAUACAGGCAAAGUGAAACAGAAGAAGCAGAAAGUCUUAUGAUGUUAAGUAAUAGAGAUAUGGAGCAACAUGGCCCAGGCCUCAGAUGCUGAAUGCUAGGAGGAGUACAGAGGGGUGGAUGAGAUCACAGGAGUCGCAAAUGGAGUAGGGUCCGCGAUGAAGAUCUUUACCAAUUUCCCUUAGAUGCCACUGAGCAUGAGAAGUUAAUCUGAUCAUUUAUUUUAAAAGUCAUAGUAUAGUAAGUCUUGAAAAUCGGCCAAAAAAAGUCAUACUUUAGUAAGGUUUCAAAAUGUUGUAAAAAAACGCAUAGUAAGGCUUCAAAAUCGGCCAAAAAAGUCAUACUUUAGUAAGUCUCCGAAAUGUUGUAAAAAACAUCCUAGUAUAGUAAGGCUUCAAUACAGCCUUAUCCUUCCAGCAUACCGCAAACAGCCAUUUCCAUGUCCCUGUACUCACAAACUUAAACAUUUCCACCCCUGACAACUCGUCAAGAGAUUGUGAAAAAAACAUUUGGCGAGUCAAAAACAGUCGGCGGGACAGUUUCUUUGCCAACUUCUGAAAUUAGCCUUUUUUGCUUUAAACCCUGAGAGUAAAAUUGUGUUGAGAUCUGUGUCCAGUGGCAACACUCUCUCCAAUUGAGCAUGUUACUGUGAGCUUUGAUUAACAUAGUCUUUUUAGAGAAGAUGUUUUAAUUAAAAACUAACAACAAUCAAAAUACCUUACAACUGUAUAUCUAACCAAUCAUAAAUUACAAAAUAUACCUCUGGUAAGCUGCUGUUUACAUUUGUGUUCAUGUUAAACUGUUUUUUUUUUUUGUAAAUACGUGUACAUUCUCAGCUUAUUUAUUGCACCUUUUAUAAAAAAGAAAAAUCACAUGCCUUAUUAACAAAGACCGAAGCAAAAGCAAUGAUAAAACUGUAAAACUUAUUUUUGAAAACAAAUUUUAUUAUGAAAUCUCAUGUUACAACUUGCCAUUAUUUACUCUUUUUUGUACAAAAAUCCAUGGGUAGUGCACAGCCCAUGACUCAAAAGGAAAAAAAAAAGUAUGUCACUGGAGUUCCUUAGAAGAUGUGCUAUCCAUAAAAACUUUUACUGACAAAUAA